ACUCAGGCAAAGGGUACAUCUAGACACACCUUUUCUGCACGUUUAACUUGCAUGCAACAGUCGCACGCGUCAGCCCAAGCCGCUAAGCAAUGUCAAGUCCUUAAAACAGCGUAGCAACAUGUGGUAUCUGCUUGGUGGGGCGUCGAAGCCUCGUCCACGGACGGAGACCGCACCUGCGGUGCUGCGUAUUACAAACUUGCUGGGGUACCUGUUCCUGAUCCUGGUCAACGUGCUCAGCUCCACGGGCGCGUUUGGCGACACCAAUGCGGUCGUGUCCGGCCGUUACUCCACCCCGCUGACGCCGGCCGGGUGGGCGUUCUCCAUCUGGGGCGUCAUCUUCGCGCUGCAGGGCAUGGGGGUGCUACACCAGGUGCUCAACAGCGGCUACCGCGAGGGCGGCUGGAAGACCAAUGUGGUGCUGAGAGUGGGCUACGGCUGGCAGGCCGGGUGGCUGUUUCAGGACCUGUGGCAGAUCGUGUUCGUGCAGCAGAGCCUGGUGGGCAUGUACUUUGCGUUCGCCUGCCUGGUGGGGGCGCUGGCCAGCUUCGUGGUCACCAUGGGCCGGCUGAACGGCACCGCCGAGGACCUUCGCAUGCGCGGCUAUCCGGGCACACCGGCCCUGGCCUACAUCUUCUACAAGCUGCCCACCUCCAUCAACGCUGCCUGGCUGUCCGUGGCCACCUGCCUGGGGCUGCUCAUCAUCCCAGCGGCACACGGCGUCAGCCCGGACCGGCUGGUGGCGCCGGCGGCGCUGCUGGCGGUGGCAAUCACCAUCGGCGGCGUGUGGCGCAUGGUGACGCACCGGGACGCGGCGUACGGGCUGACGCUGGUGUGGGCGCUGUCGGCGGUGGCGGCGGACCAGAGCGGCCGUGUGCCGCGCGCUGUCAAGGUCCUGGCCAUCGUCUGCCUGGCGGUGCUGGCGCUGUUCGUGGUGUAUGCGCUGGUGAGGACGCGGCGCGAGGCCAGCCAGCUGGACAGCAUGGGCAGCUUGAGCAGCCUGGCGGCGGCGCGGGAGGACGACAGCAGCAGCGGAGGAGGACAGCAAGGCGGCCUAGGUGGAGGCGGUGGCCUAGGGGGAGGAGCAGGCGGGUUUAAGGGCGGGGCCCUGGCGGGACUGGGCAUUGGCAAGGGCGUCGGCGGUGGUGGCGGUGGCGGCGGUGGGCUCGGCGGGGGUGAGGGUCAUGGGUUUUACAGCGACUCCAGCCACCUGCUCAGUCACGCCUACCAUGUUGGAGAGGAGGGGCAUGCUGAGGACGGCUACGGCGGUAGCAACGGCAACGGCAGUAGCAGCGGGCGCCGCGCGGCGCCGGUCGGGUACGGCGCCAAGCCCCUGUACGGCAGCGUGGCAGGCGGCGGCGCGGUCGCGGUCGCGGGCGCGGGCGCGCACACGUCGCGCAUGCCGCUCUCCGACUCACCUGCUGACGCGCUCGCAGGCGGCGGGAGGUACGCGCGGCGGGGCAGCCAAGACGAGGGCGGGAGCGGCGGCGAGGCGGGCGCCGGCGGAGAAGCCGGGAGUUUCACCUUCGCCGCGGUUGGAGGAGCGGGAGGAGGAGCAGGAGGAGGGUUCCGGCCGUCGCCGUCGCCGCUUGGCCUAGCGGCGGGAAACAGCAGAGAGCAGUUCCAGGCGCCGGCUGCAGGCGGGAUACUGCGGGUCCAUGGCGGCGGUGCCCAAGCCGGCUUUGGAGGCGCUGGCAGCGGCGGCGGCUACGGUGUUGCUGGCAGCGGGAUAGGAGCAGAAGUGGCGCUGGGGGCCGCUGCGCAGGUGUGGGCCCCGGCGGCGGCGCCGCUGGUAGCAGGGCAGCCGCAGCCGGCGGCGCUCAGGCAGGCGGUGGGAAGUAGCGAGUCAGCGGCGACGGCGGGCGACGGGCCAGCGCACGGCUUGGGAUCUGUGGGUAGCUCGGGGCAGCUGGUGACGGUCGGCUCGCUGGCGUCAGGUGUGGGCCCGGUGCAGGCGUUGUUGAUGCCAGCCGGGGCAGGCACGCGCGCCUUAGCUUCGCCGCCACGAGCGCGGUCGCCUGGUGUGCGGCGGGUGCGCUUCUCGGAUGAGUUGGGCGAGGGGUCGGCGCACUAGCGAUGCACGCGAUUUGGCACGCGAUCGUCACGCCUAUAAACUUUUUUAUCGGGUUGCGGGCGUCUGUACAUUUUCUGACACUCGGCUUGGACUUGCACAAGCUCCAUGGUAUAAUUACUCAUUUUGCUGACUUUCUUGCCAAGUUCUGGGAGCAAAUCUUUGCCUUUUGCCGGUACAAACCGCUCCGAAGCUUGGUAGCUGCGUAAGCUCGGUUGGCACGCGAUUGUCACGCUCUGUGGGCCUGCACAACUUUUUUUAUCGGGUUGCGGGCCUGGUUGCGGGCGUCUGACUUUUCCUGAUACUCGGCUUGGAAUUGCACAAGCUCCAUGAUACAAACACUCAAUUUGCUGACUUUCUGUUUCUUGCCAAGUUCUGGGAGCAAUUCCUCGCAUUUUGCCGGUACAAACCGCCCAUCUGAAGCUUGGUAGCUGCGUAAGCCUAGCAUGAGUCGUGGACAAGCUGUCCUCUUAGCAAUUCGACUACUUGCCAAACUGAAAUCUUGCUGCCGAACGCAAGCAACAUUGCGGAUUACAUUCUCUCGACAGGCAAG